AUGAGGGUACUGAUGUUGUUGGAGUAUUUCAGAGAGCUCUACGUGAGAGAAAUUCAGCUCCUGAAGAAGAUUUUCCCCGGAGUUAAGGACGAGUUCCUCGAUUUCUUCAAGAAGAUCGGAGAAGCAGUUUCUCAAGCGAAACAAUCUCGUGAACGGGUGGAGUUCCGUACGAUCGAGAGGAGUCUGAGUGUCGGCUCACCUCGUUUGGCUUCAAGAGGCUUUGAUUUCGGGUCCGAGAUUCCGACCGGGAACGAGAGGUUUAAGGUUUCGACGGUCAACUCCGGAGGUGCAAUCGACGGUGACGGUCAAACCAAGAAAUAG